AUGGAGGUUGAAAUGGUGAUCGAAGAAGCAAGUAUUGAAGAUGCGACGAAGGCUGAUCCAAUGUCGAAUGGACAUGAAGGAAAAGAUGUUGGUCAAGAACUCAGGAUGAUGGAUCAGAUGGACUCAGCAUCACACUCAAUUCAACCUCAAACACCGAAUCAAGGACAAGACUUCACUCACAAACCAAGUCAAGAAGUUGAAGAUACACCAACUAAACCAAAACAAACACCCAUCAAUCAAAUCAAAUCAAGAUUACCAAUUCCAACUUCAAGAUCGAAUUCAAAACCAAAACCAACACCAUCACCAUCCAGCAUUUCAUUUCCAAGUUAUACUCUAAAGAACAAUCAUAUCAAAACUACACCUUUGAAUCUAAUCACACAACCCUCAUCUUUCCCUAAAUCACCUAGAUCACCUGCACCUACUAGUAAGACUCCCCUCACAAGUAGAACACCUAAUUUAUCUAUCAGAUCGAAUGUAAGUAAUUUGACCAGAUCACCAAGAUCACCUGUACCUCCUCGAACGCCUAAUCUAUCUAACAAAUCAACGACCAGCAAUCUAUCCAAAACAUGUCUUACACCUACCAAACUAGCAUCAUCAUCAUCCUCAUCAUCAAGAACUACACCAUCAAAUCAUCAACUGAAAAGACCCAAAUCAAUUCAUAAUAUGGUGAAUGAAACCCAUCGAUUCACGCAUGGACAAAUACCAGAUGAUUUACCUACACCGGUUCGAUCGACUACUUCGAUGACGAAUCGAUCUGCAUCUAAAGCUACCCCUUCGAAACCUACUCAAUCUAUACGUGAGAUGUUGGCAGAAGCAAGAAAACAAAAACAAAAAUCACCUUCGAAAGAUCAUUUAAGUCCUCAAUGGGGGUUUCAAUCCAUUCACAAAUUAAUUCAAAAAGCACAUAGAACAGGGAGAUUGAAUUUAGGUUCUAGAAUGAUGAAUGAAAUACCAAUGAGAGUAUAUAAAGAUUUGAUUCCAUCACAUUCGAUUUUUCAUCCUUCUAAUCUUACACCUACUAAACUUAAACUUCAAGCUAAAAAGAAAGAAGAUGAUGAUGAAAAGGAUGAAAAAGAUGAAUUAGAAGAGGAAGAGGAAAAAGAUGAACUAGAAGAGGCAGAAGAAGAAGAAGUGAAAUGGUAUGAGAAAGUUGAUCUGACGUAUCUAAAUGUUGCUUUGAAUGAGAUCAGUGAAUUGGAUUAUGAGCUCGGAGGGUUUGAUUGUUUAGAACAUCUUGAUGUUCAUCAUAACCAACUAAGUAGCUUACCGAGCUCGUUUGGACUCUUGAUCAAUUUAGUUCAAUUAAAUCUAUCAUCCAACAAAUUUGAGGAAUUCCCAUUACCAUUACUUUCAUUAGUGAACUUAAAAGAAUUGAAUUUAUCGAAUAAUUUAUUAAAAACACUUUGGAAACCGAAUUGGGAUAGUUUAUUGAAAAAAACUUUAUCUAAAAUUGGAAAACCAUCGAAAUCAAAUGAAAUGAAGAAUUCAACAAAUCAAGAAGAUCCAAGUAGAAGGAUUAGUGAAGUUAGUUUGAUGAAUGAAGAAGUUGAAUUUUUUGAUUUCUUUCCUUCUUCUCCUUCGAAAAGAAAAAAACGAAAAGAAAAAGAAGAAGAAGAAGAAGGAUUUCAUGAAAGUUCAAAUCCAUUUCCAUUAUUAGAAAAACUUUAUUUGAGUUCGAAUCGAUUUAAUUCUAAUUCAAUCUUUGGUGAAAAAGCCAUCAAAUUACCUGAUUCAUUAAUCGAAUUAGAUCUUUCUAAAAAUCCGUUGAAAGAACCGAUUGAGGUUCCGAAGAAUUGGACUGAACUUAAGAAAUUGAAAUUGAGUGGUUGUGGGUUUAAUGAUUGUGUGUUUAGAUUCGAAGUCGAUUCGGAGUAUGAUCAAUUAUCAGAUAUUGAAGAUCAAGAAGGAAAUGGAACCCAAAAAGGAUUAUUGUUUGAGAAUCUAGAGGAAUUAGAUUUAUCUAAUAAUGGGAUCGAUUCACUUGGUCCGCUAGAAGGCUUUUUCAAACAAUAUUGUUAUCAGAAAAGAUUACAGUAUGUUGGAUUACCGAAUGGGAUUGAAAAUCUUCAAGGCGGAUCUGAAGAGGUUUUAAAGGUUUUGGUUCAUGAGAAUUUUUUAAGGAAUGAGAGUAGAAGAAGGAAGGCUAUGAAAAGUGCUGUGGCCUCCGCACCAGCUGCACCACUUACCACGGACACAACAACCAAAACAACGAGUACAGGAGCUAAGAAGGAGUUUGAUACUAUUGUAGAAGCCGUUGAGAAUCUCUCACUUGAUACUGCUCAGUCCACAAAACCAUCAGAGCCAACAAAAAGAGUCACACCUUCAAGAUAUGAUCAGAUUAAAGCAAUGAUAGAAAAUGGUUAUCAUUCAGAAACUUUAACACUUGAUUUACAUGCACAACAUAUUCAAGAUUCGGAUAUUAGAGAAGACAUGAUUGAAACAAUUGAAAAGAAUCUAGUUCAAACUUUAAAUCUAUCACAAAACCUUUUAAACCGAAUCCCAUUAGAAUGGAUCUCUUUAUCAAGUAGAAUCACAAGUUUAAAUGUAUCUAGGAAUAGAUUAAGUCAUCAAGAUUUAGAAGUCGUAAAGGAUUCGUUGAAUGGAUUGAUGGAAUUAAACCUUUCUGGAAAUUGUUUUGAAGUUGGUAAAGAACUGUUCGAAUGGAUUUCAAAGGGAUGUAAAAAUUUAAAGAAAUUGGAUUUAAGUUAUAAUGUUUUGAAAGAUGAAGAAGGGAUUGAAAAGUUAUGGUUUUUGGAAGAGAUCGAUUUGAGAGGAAAUCUGAUUGAAGAAUUGAUCGGGUUAGUGAAGAUUGGAAACCGAUUAAAGGAAUUAAAAGAUCAGGAAGAAGAAGAUGAUGAUGAGAAAGAAGAAUGUGAUGAUGAACUUGAUGAGUUUGUAAGGGAUUAUAAAUGGAAGUGUAUUGAUUUACGUGAUAAUCAUAUUGUUAAGUUGGAACCUUCUUUAGGAUUUCUAUCGAUUGAUGAUCUAUUUGUUUCUGGUAAUCGGUUUAGAGUUCCAUUAAGAAAAGUUUAUGAAGGAUCAGAUGGAAGUAAAAACUUAUUAAAAUGGUUAAGGUCUCGUUAUGUUUAA